AUGUGCUACACAACUGUGCCAGUUUUGCGCCGACGGACUAAACCAUGGAUCUCGGACGAAACAUUGCAGUUGGUUGACAAAAGGAGGAAGGUGAAGCUGACGAAUGGCACUACGUAUCAGCUACUCAGUAAGGAGCUCCGCAAGAGACUAAAAACAGAAAGGGAGGCCUACUGGAACGCAGUAGCGGAGGAGCUCGAAGAAUCGGCAUCCAAACACGAGUAUCGCAUGCCGUAUCAAAUUCUGAGAAGACUGUGCGGCAAAACCAGAGCAUGCGGAACCUUCAUCAAAGACGCAAGUGGCAAACUCGUGAAGUCAGAGAGGGAACGCUUACAGAGAGAUGGAGAGAGUUCUUCAUAUAGAGCUGUACAGCCACGAACUGCCCACAGAACCGUUUCCAGAGCCAGUACCGAUAGAGAUGCCACAGGAACCAACACACGAGGCGGCGCCAAGUAUGGAGGAAGUGAGGGCGGCGCGGUGAUGUCGCUGAAGAACAGGAAAGCGGCUGGUGUAGACAAUGUCACAGCAGAAGCGAUUAAGGCAGGAGGAGAAGUAUUGGUACAACGGCUCCACCGUCUUAUGUGUCGCGUCUGGCAGACGGAGGUUGUUCCUACGACGUGGAAACGCUCCAUCAUCGUGCCAAUACACAAGAAAGGCGACAUAACGGAAUGCAAGAACUAUCGCGGCAUAUCACUCCUGUCAGUCGUCGGGAAGGUUUUCACAAAGAUCAUCAACGCAAGACUUCAGCUUCAUCGAAGAAGCUUAUGCCGACCGGAGCAAGCGGGUUUUUGCCCUGGCCGUGGGUGCAGUGACCAGAUCUUCGCGCUGAGGCAACUACUGGAAGAACGUAUUCGUUGCGGCAAAAGGGUUGUGGUUGUUUUCAUAGAUUUCAGAGCUGCAUUCGAUAGCGUCCACUGGCCAGCGCUAUGGAAAGCCCUAGAGUGUGAACAUGUUCCGGACAAAAUUGUGAGGCUGUUGCGGGAGGCGUACAAUGGAACUGUCAGCUGUAUCCGCGUCAAGGAUGACGUCUCUGAAGAAUUUCCUGUAAGUGCUGGUGUUCGUCAGGGUGACGUGAUCUCCCCUACGUUGUUCAACGUGGUAAUGGACGCUGUCAUGAGGAAAACUUUCAACGGAAGGCAAGGCGUGCAGUACGGUGAAGGCGGCUUUCUCACUGACCUGAUGUUUGCCGACGACAGCGCAAUUUUCGCCGAAACUGACGAGGAAGCGACUAACAUCAUGUGCUCACUGUCAGAGAUUGCCCAGUCGUAUGGCCUCAAAAUAAACGCGGAAAAGACCAAGGUGAUGACCUCGGAUGGAUCGCCCGCGUCCGUGCGACUGGGUAGCGUCGCCUUGGAGCAAGUGAGUAAUUUCAAGUACCUUGGAUCGGUCGUUCAAGAAAGGAAAGUGGUUGCCGAGGCUGAGGUCCGCAGCAGGAUUGGUCAUGCGUCUAAGACAUUUGCAGCGUUAAAGUGGUGUCUCUGGAAGAAGAGUAACAUAUCACUGAAAACCAAAAUUCGCAUGUUCCGGACGCUGGUGCUCCCUGUGCUACUAUAUGGGUCUGAGACAUGGACGUUGCUCAAGUCGGAUCUCUCUCAUCUCGAGGUGUUUCAAAUGCGUUUGUCUCCGCCAUAUGCUCGGGAUCAGGCUUCGUGA